CCCCACCCUAAGCCUUAUCAUGAUUCCCUUUCAAGCACUUUGCCACUUCCCAAGCACCACCUCCCUGCGCGGCCACCGGCCGAAGUUUGCGUGCAUAUCAGUGCGAACACUCAACUGUGUACAGAAUUAAGCUCUCAAUCUCAACCACCGGAAUUAUCUGUACCUGAACCUAAUACAUGUCCGGAGAAUCCUGAGCACGGCACAACAUCUCCCCAUGAUUCAGCGCCUCACAUCUCAGAUCUGGAUCCAAUUCCCCGCUGCGAUCUUCGAGACGAUACUAGUAUCCCAACCGAGCCGCCCGCCUUUCGGGAAGAUAUUCCAGAGAAUGGUCUAUCAUCUCCCAGUAUAUCCAGUUCGGACAACAGUCUAGAAGAGUUCUUCAGGCUUCCUGAUACACAGGACGACAUUCCCAUUGACCCGGUAAUCCUUGCCAACCACUGGCCUUGGGAGGAUGGCAAUCUCCAGCAAUCUGACCCACAAGCCGACAGCGUCAUCAAUUCAGAGAUGACUUGUCCAUAUCCUGAUCCUCCGCCUGUUCUUCACAGCCUACCUAACCAUUAUCGAGAUUCCAACGAAAGGGCUGGUGGUCAGAAUGGUAAUGAUCAGACAAGUGACCGCCCUCACAUUCAUGAUCAUCAACAACUGCACCCCUCCCAAUGUAACACUGAUGCCGAUGCAUCCUCCCCCAAUGGUGUCCGUGGAAACUAUCAUGUCGAUGGACAGUCCAAAAGUUCUAAGUGGAAGACGCAACAAUCAGAUGGGCGAGCUUGCAAACAGCUUCAAGAUUCCUCUAUGUUGCCAUGUCUGCCCCGCUUGACGAUCGUUUGCAAUUCCUUUCUUGGCUAUUUGAAGGUGCUCUACCACGUUGCAUGUCUAGCUCUUCACCGACAGCAUAUGUGCUGGCAACAAGUCACUCAAGUACCCCGCGUGAGACCAAACAAAAUCGGCAUGAUUGCAGGAAGGCCGCCCGAGGAGGCUCAAGAAAGAAAACGCCGUGGUCCACAGAAGAGGCGGAAUUUCUACUGAAUCUGAAGAAAGACAAGAGUCGGUCUUGGUCAGAGAUCGCAAGGUUAUUCUCGGAGCACUAUCCAGGGAGGAGUCCAGGCGCGAUACAGGUACACUGGAGCACGAUCCUCAACAGGAAAGCAGAUUAAUGUCACGGGCUCGGAAUAGUAGAUAAUAACGAACUGAAUUCCUAUCUAAACUAUUGUAGCCAUCGACGAGGAUAUCGAAUCUGGGGAAGAAGAAGAAGAAGAAGAAGAAGAAGAAGAGGAAAUCUAUCUGGG